UUAAAUGCGAUCCUGUUUAUCGUCGGUCGUGCGUAUUUUAAUUAAAUUCUGUGGAAAUUCGGGCGAUUUUUCCCUCAAAUUCGGGUAAAACGUGUGUCUAACGGUCGUAUGUGUCGUUUUCCGUGAGAAUUUCACUUUUCCACAGGAUCCGAUUUGCAUCACAGAAAGCCCCCUUCGGAAAGGGCGGCCUCGCGUUCCCUCGUCACCGAAUCUAGCAGAAAAUCAUCACUUCGUCGCAUCCAGCUUGGAUUUAAUUCACCAAAAUAAUAUCUCAACGAGUGCAUAAGAGAGUAUUAGAAGAAAAAUAAAUAUUUUAAUCAAAGCAUACACACGGAGCAGCGACAAAAAUCAUAAAAUUACGUGUGUUGGUGUAGUAAAUAAAUUUAUUAUAUGUGUGUAAAGUGUUUGUAAUCUCACAUAGAAUUUGAGAAAUAUCAUAUUCAAAGUGUUCGUGUAUUAAAAAAAAUUAAAAUAUUAAAAUUAAGGCGACUAAGAUCUUCAGUGAUAACGAAAAUCUAGAUAAAAGAUAAAAAGAAAUUAAGAAGAAGAGAGAAAAAAAAAUAAAAAUUAAGAAAGCAGAGCAAAACAAAGUCGCCAAAAUGAAGUGUUUUAUAAUAUAUUGGAUGUGGACGGUAAUUUUUAUAUUACCGGGCCUCAUUGAUAAUUCAAUUGGUGUAGUUGCCGUCAACAGCAACGAAGCUGACUUAAAAGGACCCGUUUUUACCAAAGAACCACUCAACCGUAUUGACUUUUCGAACUCUACUGGCGCCGUCGUCGAAUGUCGUGCAAGCGGAAAUCCCCCGCCGGAGAUCAUUUGGAUACGUUCGGAUAGCGGCACCGCCGUCGGAGACGUACCCGGAUUACGUCAAGUACUCUCCAAUGGCAAUUUGGUGUUCCCACCGUUCCGCGCCGAGGAUUAUCGUCAGGAAGUUCACGCUCAAGUUUACGCAUGCAUGGCAAAGAAUAGCAUUGGUUCCAUCAUUUCGCGCGACGUUCAUGUCAGAGCUGCGAUCAUUCAGUACUACGAUACCGAUGUAAUUAAAGAGUUUGCCAUUCGUGGCAAUUCGGUUGUCAUGAAGUGUCAGAUCCCCUCGUUCGUUCAAGAUUUUGUCACUGUUGUCUCGUGGCACACCGACCAGAAUGAAACUUUCUAUCCUGGCCGUGAAAUUGACGGUAAAUACUUGGUUUUGCCAUCUGGUGAGUUGCACAUCAAGGAAGUUGGCCCGGAAGACGGUUACAAGAGCUACCAAUGUCGUACCAAGCAUCGUUUGACUGGCGAAACUCGUUUAAGCGCCACCAAAGGUCGUCUCGUCAUCACAGAACCAAUCGGUUCAAGACCUCCCACGUUUUCAACCGACUCAAAGGGUAGCAUUUUUGUGCGUGCCACAAACUCAAGUUUUGCUCUCUUGUGUCAAGCUCAGGCUUGGCCUGUAGGAGUUUUUAAAUGGUACAAAUACAUCGAAGGUACUACCCGCAAAUCCGCCGUUGUCUUGGAUGAUCGCGUCAAACAAGUGUCUGGAACACUUAUUAUCAAAGAUGCCGUUGUCGAGGAUUCCGGAAAAUAUUUGUGCGUCGUAAAUAACUCCGUUGGCGGUGAAAGUGUCGAAACCGUAUUGACUGUAACUGCCCCGCUCUCCGCAAAGGUCGAUCCCCAAACGCAGGUCGUUGAUUUUGGGCGUCCCGCAGUUUUCACGUGUCACUUUUCCGGAAAUCCCAUCAAGACUGUUAGCUGGACCAAGGAUGGCAAGUCGAUUAAACACUCAGAUCCGGUUUUGAGAAUCGAAUCUGUCAAGAAGGAGAACAAGGGAAUGUACCAAUGCUUUGUCCGCAACGAUCAAGAAAGUGCUCAAGCUAGUGCUGAAUUGAAAUUGGGAGGUCGUUUUGAUCCGCCAGUCAUUCAGGAAGCGUUUAAUGAGGAAACUCUCCAUCCUGGACCAUCUGUUUUCUUGCGGUGUAUCGCUCACGGAAAUCCCACACCUGAAAUUUCAUGGGAACUUGAUGGCAAGAAAAUCGCAAAUAAUGAACGGUAUCAAGUAGGACAAUAUGUGACGGUAAAUGGAGCAGUUGUGUCAUAUUUGAAUAUUACAUCGGUGCAUACUAAUGACGGAGGAUUGUAUAAAUGUACAGCUUCAAGCAAGGUCGGCACAGUUUCCCACGAAGCAAAAUUAAACAUCUACGGCUUACCAUUCAUCCGUUCAAUGGAAAAGAAACCAAUCGUCGCUGGAGAAACUUUAGUCGUUACCUGUCCCGUUGCUGGUUACCCCAUCGACUCGAUCGUCUGGGAACGUGAUAAUCGUCCAUUGCCCAUCAACAGAAAGCAAAAAGUCUUCCCCAACGGAACAUUGAUCAUCGAAAACGUCGAACGUAACUCCGAUCAAGCAACAUAUACUUGCGUGGCGAAAAAUAGCGAAGGUUACAGCGCACGCGGAACACUCGAAAUCCAAGUCAUGGUCCUUCCACAUAUUCUUCCGCUCACGUUUGGAGACGAAAUUUUGAAUGAAGGUGACACAGCGUCAGUAUCUUGUCUCGCUGCAAAGGGCGAUAUGCCCAUCGGUUUGACAUUUUAUCACAACGGAGAACCUGUAAUCGACGAAAAUGGCAUAACCGUGUUAAAAAGUCCAAAAAUGAUCGCUUUAACGAUCGAAAAUCUUCGUGCCGAACAUCAAGGAAAUUAUACUUGCAGAGCUUCGAAUCGAGCGGGACAAGUUGAAUACUCAGCUGAACUAAACAUUAAUGUACCCCCAAGAUGGAUUCUUGAACCCACUGACAAAGCCUUUGCUCAAGGUUCAAACUCCAAAGUUGAAUGCAAAGCCGAUGGAUUCCCCAAACCACAAAUUACAUGGAAGAAAGCUGUUGGCGACACACCUGGGGAAUACAAGGAUUUGCGUCAAAAUGAAACGACAAUUCGCGUUGAUGAUGGAGGCGCCUUGUUAAUCGAAAACAUUCAAAAAACCAAUGAAGGAUACUAUUUGUGCGAAGCCAUUAACGGUAUCGGAUCUGGAUUGAGUGCCGUUAUCUUGAUUAGUGUUCAAGCUCCGCCAGAAUUUUCGGAGAAAUUACGCAACCAAACUGCCCGACGUGGUGAACCUGCGGUCUUACAAUGCGAAGCAAAGGGCGAAAAGCCAAUCGGCAUCUUGUGGAACAUGAAUAACAUUCGUUUGGACCCCAAAUCGGACAAUCGUUACACAAUUCGUGAAGAAAUCUUGCAAGAUGGCGUCAUGUCGAGCUUAUCCAUCAAACGUACGGAACGUGCUGACUCUGCGUUGUUUACUUGCAUGGCUACGAACGCUUUUGGCAGCGAUGACACAAGUAUCAACAUGAUAAUUCAAGAAGUUCCCGAAAUGCCGUAUGCCUUGAAGGUCUUGGACAAAUCUGGCAGAACUAUCUCACUCAGUUGGGCGAAACCCUAUGACGGAAAUUCACCAAUUAAGCGUUAUUUGAUUGAAUUUAAGCGCAUGAGAGGCAGCUGGGACACCGAUAUUGAUCGCGUUAUCGUACCAGGUCACACAAACGAAGCACAAGUACAGAAAUUGAGCCCCGCAACGACUUACAACAUCCGCAUCGUCGCUGAAAACGAAAUUGGCGUCUCAGAUUCGUCUGAAGUUGUUACAAUUAUCACGGCGGAAGAAGCUCCCUCUGGCAAACCACAAAAUAUCAAGAUUGAACCGAUGAAUCAGACAGCGUUGCUCGUUACAUGGAAGCCUCCAUUGAAAAAUGACUGGAAUGGCGAACUCCAAGGAUACUAUGUCGGACACAAACUCAGCUCAAGUAACUCUUCGUUCAUUUACGAGACUGUCAGUUUCCAACAAGAUGGCGAAAAUAAGGAACACAGCUUGGAAAUCACGAAUCUCAAGACUUACACGCAAUAUUCGGUUGUUAUUCAGGCAUACAAUAAGAUUGGCGCAGGACCUGUCAGUGAUGAAGAACGACAAUAUACAGCGGAAGGCACGCCAGAUCAACCUCCAAGUGACACAAGUUGCACAACAUUGACUUCGCAAACGAUUCGUGUCUCAUGGGUCAGUCCUCCAUUGGAAUCAGCAAAUGGCGUUAUCAAGGGAUACAAAGUUGUUUAUGCUCCAAGCGAAUUAUGGCAUGACGAUAAGAACAAGGAUUACAAGAAAACCGCUUCAAGUGACACAGUUUUGCAUGGUUUGAAGAAAUACACAAACUACACAAUGCAAGUUCUCGCACAAACUUCGGGAGGCGAUGGUGUUCGAUCUGCUCCUAUUCACUGUCAAACCGAACAAGAUGUUCCUGAAGCCCCAACUGCCGUAAAAGCCCUUGCAAUGUCCGGCGGAGCGAUUCUCGUGUCAUGGCGUCAACCUGCCAACCCGAACGGUAUCAUCCUCCAAUACACGGUCUACGUCAAGAGUACCAAAGAUGGCGAAACCAAGAGUCACAAAGUUCCUGCCUACCAAAUGAGUUACGAAGCCGCUGCCCUCGACAAAGAUCAACCCUACGAAUUCUGGGUAACUGCCAGCACAAUAAUUGGCGAAGGACAAUCAUCGAAGAGCAUUGUUGCGAUGCCCAGCGAAAAAGUACCUGCCAAAAUUGCAUCGUUCGACGAAACCAUAACUGCCACGUUUAAGGAAGAUGUCAAGCUCGAGUGUCAAGCUGUUGGUGUCCCAACGCCCGAUAUCACGUGGAAGAUUCGCGGAUCAGAAUUUGUGCCAUCAGAUCGAAUUCGUCAGUUGCCCGAAGGGUCGUUGUACAUCAAGAAUGUCAUUCGACAGGAUAGCGGAGAAUAUACUUGCACUGCCGAAAAUUCCAUUGCCAAGGAUUCAAUAACGCACAAAUUGAUUGUUUUGGCGCCGCCACAAUCGCCCAUCUUGACAUUGACUUCGACCACGACGGAUGCGUUAACGUUGAAAUUGAAACCGCAUGAUGGAGAUAUGGCUCCGUUACAUGGAUACACGUUGCAUUACAAGCCUGAAUUUGGAGAAUGGGAAACGAUUGAUGUUGCGUUAGAUGCCCCCAAAUAUACUGUCGAUAAUUUGUAUUGCGGAUCACGGUAUCAAGUGUACUCGACUGCUUAUAAUUCCAUUGGCGCCGGCGAGCCUUCGGACAUUUUGAAUACACGCACAAAGGGAUCCAAACCAAUUUUGCCAGACAAAACGCGAUUCAUUGAGGUUUCAUCGAAUUCUAUUACUCUUCAUUUGCCCUCAUGGAAAGAUGGAGGUUGUCGUAUGUCACAUUUCGUCGUUGAACACAAACGAAAGGAACAAACCGAAUGGAACCAAAUCUCCAACAACGUCAAGCCAGGCGGCAAUUUCGUCGUACUUGAUCUCGAACCCGCAACAUGGUACAAUCUACGUGUCACUGCUCACAACAGUGCAGGUUUCACAGUAGCUGAAUACGAAUUUGCUACAUUAACUGCAACCGGUGGGACCAUUGCACCCUCACUUAGUAUUCCCGAUUUAACCGCUGAGGACACUAUUCGUUUGAUUCUGUCUAACUUGAAUCUGUUGGUACCCACCGUAGUAGCUGUCCUUGUAAUUAUAAUCUUCAUUAUUGUCAUCUGUGUACUGCGUAGCAAAGGCAACAAUAUGAAAGGUACAAUUGCGCCAGCGAUUGAAAUUCAUCAGCCGGGCAUGCGUGGCUACAUGCCCUGGAUACCCGAAUGGCUCGAUCUCAACGUGAUGGUGCCGCUAAUUGCGACAAUUAUUGUCGUGACGGUCGGCAUUCUCGUCAUUUGCGUGGCAUUUACACGAAGACGCGGCGACGACAUGCGAAACGGACCCAAAGAUGUCUACUACGACGUCGUUUAUAAUCAAUCAAUGGGAGGCCCAGGCGCGACAACUAUCGACAAACGUCGUCCCGAUUUACGCGAUGAACUUGGAUAUAUUGCACCACCAAAUCGCAAACUUCCUCCCGUACCUGGCUCGAACUACAACACGUGUGAUCGCAUCAAACGAGGAACUGUCAUAAGUCGCAGUAUGAGAUCUGCGAACUCGACAUGGGACCCAAGAAAACCAAUUUAUGAAGAAUUACGCGAUGCCCCGCCAGUUCCAAAGCGUUUCAAGGAUUACGGAGCCAAAGAAUGUUUCCAUCCUCAUCAGCCAGGCAUGGAAGAUGAAAUCUGUCCUUAUGCCACUUUCCAUUUGCUCGGCUUCCGCGAAGAAAUGGAUCCCACAAAAGCCAUGAACUUCCAAACGUUCCCCCAUCAAAACGGUAACAUGGGCACAAUGGGCCCCAACGGAAGCAUGCCAAUGCCGGGACACGUUCAUUCUCGCUCCGGCUCUCAAUCAAUGCCCCGCGGAAACCGAUAUGCACGCAAGAAUAGCCAAGGAGGACAAAGCUCUAUCUACCAACCGGCACCGGAAUACGAUGAUCCAGCAAACUGCGCUGAAGAGGAUCAAUAUCGUCGCUACACUCGCGUUAAUGGAGGAGGCUCAAUGUACGGCGGACCCGAAUAUGACGAUCCAGCCAACUGCGCUGAGGAAGAUCAAUACCAAUCGCAAUAUGGAGGAUCUUAUGGACGACCAUACGAUCACUAUGGCUCACGAGGCUCUAUUGGUAAUCUUAACCAAGGAUCUGCUCGUAAUUUGCAAAAUGGUUCUCCUGAACCUCCCCCACCCCCGCCAAGAAACCACGACGCUAGUUCAUCAUUCAAUGAUUCCAAAGAAAGCAACGAAAUUUCCGAAGCCGAAUGUGAUAGAGAUAAUGGACCUCGAGGAAAUUAUGGCGCUGUACGAUCGCCACGUACAAAUCAAAAUGACAAAGUUCAUACUGAAGAAGUCAGAAAAUUGUUAGAAAGAAACGAAGUCGGCCCCAAGUACGCCCAACAACAAACCGGCGCCCCCACCACAGGACUCACAGCCUACGAUACUAUGGCAGUGUAAUUUAUAAACUAAACG